UGCGGCCAAGGAAGCCAAGCUGAUCGAUCGCAAAGCAGAGCUACAGCUAGAGACGAAGCCGGACGACGACGACGACAACGCUCGUUGGCUCGUGCUGCUUUGUGCUUGCUCGCUCGCUCGCUCUUACGUACGUACGUAGACGACCACAGGUAUAUACGAAGUGCUGCAAGACGAAGGGAUAUCUGCCGCGGAAUAUAUACAACAACAUCUGAUUGUUGAAGCGAUCUCUUUGGCCUAGCUGUUGGGUGAAGAUGGUGACCGUCAGCUCUAUUGUGACAGCUCCAUUUAGAGCGGUGUGGUUUCUCCUCACUCUGCCGUUUUUCCUACUGUUUUGGCUGCUGUCUCUUGUCAAGACGUGCCUCUUGGCGAUCGUCCGGUUGCCACUGUACUAUUUGGGUCGUGUAAGGAGAAGAGCGGCCGUAGCCUGGGAAUGGACGAAGGAGCGGGGCAGAGCUAAGCUGGCGCUGCCGUGGUGGGGCGCCACCUGCGUGAAAGCCUCGCAGUCAACUCAAACUCUCGAAGACGACGAAGACGACGACGUAUAUUCUACGCCACUCCCUCUCUCUCGCCCGUCGUCUGGCCAUUUCAGCACGGCCUCUCUCCGACAGUGUUAUCCUCUACUGAACCCCGAGCUCCUGUUGAAACUCCAGCGAGAGGCCAGGAAACGGUCGACCAGCAAAGCACGGCGGAGGGAAAUCGCCGCUCUUCUGGAGCUGUUCCUUCAGCCAGAGUCCCCAGUCUCGUCUCCAGGGGAGUCGGAGAGGGAGGAGGAAGGCACUGGAGCCAGUGGCCAGUCGUAUCCAGUGAUACAAGAUGAGAACUCGCUGCGUCUCAUUCUGGAACUGAUGUCUCUCUCCAACACUCCAGGAGACACCAGGGACCAGGAUGAAGAAGCUCGCAAAAGAAAGGCCAGAGAAUUAGUAUCAGUGUACCACUAUGACAGGGGCAGACUCCAGGAACUAAUCUCAGAGCUGGAGGCCGUCUCCUUUGACAUAAACAGCAGCCACAAGAAAACCAAACGAGGAAAAGACUCUUCUCGUCAUUCUCACAUUCGCCAGCGCGGCCACCGCUCCUCAAAGUCGCCCCGCUCCAAACACACCUCUUAUAGACCAAGCCCGCCCCAAAACUAUAGCGACACAGAGCUCCGAGAAGAAGAGGAGGAGGAGGAGGAGGAGGAGAGGGGAGAGAGAAUUAGAGCUCCGAAGAGAGUUCGGUCAAAGAGUCACCAAGACAGUGCCAGAUUGCGACGCCCUCCAAAAACGGCAAAAGCUACAGUCGAAGUUGGAGAGACUGGUACUCCCGGCGAGCCGGUCCCGGAUGAGAGACCACGGUUGGGCUCCGAUCGACUCUGCAGCUAUACCGGUGUCCUGUCUCCGGUACACGAGAGCCCGGAGUACGCCCUGACUCCAUCGAACCCCACCUCAGCUGAUGAACUGGAGAGUGACCUCAACCGAGCUCUGUUGCAGCUGGACUCUGAGACCAGUGGACUGCAGGCCGACGCCAGGGAAGUGGAGUAUAUAGAGCAGAAGGCGGCGCAGAUGUCGGAGGCAAAUCAGUCUGGUAGCCCGUCGCCGUUUCCUUCUAGUGCCCCACCGACUCCUAAUACUGUGGUGUGGAAGAGAGGGAAGUGUGUCGAGAUUAGCUGCACCGAGGCAUCAAAGGGAGAGGAGGGAAAGAAGGGAAAGGAAGUCGAGGCAGGUGAAAGAGAGGAGGAUAAUAAUAAUAAGGGAGGAGAGGAAGGGGGAGAUGGAGAGGAAGAAGGAGAGAGUGGAAAGGAUAGAGGAGAGGAGGGUGCUGACUUUGCUGCCAUUCCCAAAACGGCGCCGUCGCUUGGUCUAAAGGAAGGCCACGAUCGGCAGCAGUUGGCCGUGGCUAGGAGCUCUGCACGCAGAAGACCUCCCAGCAGACAUACCGGCACUCAGAGUGAAAGUGGUGGCAGUACGGCUGGAGAGAUGAUGGCAGUGGAUCCAGAAAUGGAGCUACUCGAAAAACAGCUUCAGCAGUCGGUGGACACUCUCAGCACACUGCUGGAGAAGAAGGAGAGAGGAGUGGAGAAGAAAGAGGAAGAAGAGGGGGAAGAGAAGGAGGAGGGAGAGAGUGGGAGCGAUGGAGAAGAUGACCAGAGCGAGGGUGACUUUCUGGAGAGGAGGCGACCGCCAUCUCUGUCGGACCAGAUGAGUCUCCUUUCUCCCGGCUCCCAACGACUUACCGCCAGAGAUCUCUCCCCAGAGUCGGCUCUGGAGGACUCAACGAACUCAAUCCCGAACCCCGACCCCCCAGCUGGUCCUCUGUCUGCAGAGGGGACAACUCCAGAUAAUGCCCACCCACCCUCUACCCCCUUCUCCUCUUCCUCUCGAAGGGUGGUAACGUCGACCAGUUCGAGCCCCGGAGCCCCACUGCUGGAGGAGAGAGGGUCCAGACCGCGGUCUCGUUCGUGUGACUCCCAGCGGAGGUUCGGAGGUCCUCUCAGCUCUUCGCCCAGAGAAAAGCCUCUCAUGAUCCCCAGCAGUAUUCCUCCCUGGCUGGAGAUGAGGAAUGUUUCUGCCACACGGAUAGAACCAAUGCCACCAAAGCCUGCAAUUCACACCCUCACUCCACGACUACCUCUCCACCCUCGCACACGAGCAUCUUCGCACCCUCCCAUUAAUGACCCACUCCCUACCACCAAACAACAGUCAACAUCCCAAGGAGAAGAAGACGUAGAUGCAGAACCAACACCUGCCGACCAGGAAGAGAUCUAUGACACUCUCCCGCCUGCAAACGAACGGAUAUACGAUGUGACACCCGUCAGGUACCUUCACCAGAGCAUAGGUGAGGGUGUUGGAUCUCCUGCGGUUGAAUUUCGUAAACCUCUGCGACUGAGACAAGAGGAGGAGAAGGUGGAGGAAGGAAGGAGAGAGGAGAGGAAGAGUCGAAGCAGUAGCGAGAAGACACAUUCUUCGAGGGGGAGAGAGGAGCGAGGGAGGGAAAGUGGAAGAGAGAGGGAGAGGGAGCGAAAGAGGGACAGGGAUGAGAAGGAGAGGGAGAAAGAACAAAGGCAUCACAGUCACUCGGCGGAGCGGAGCGACACCCACCGCUCCUCAAGACAUCACGACAGAGACAGGGAAAGGGAUAGGGAAAGGGAAAGAGAGAGGGACCGAGGCAGGCAUUCCUCAAGGCACCACAGCAGCAGCUCAGACCGACACGGCAGGUCAAAGGAGACCUCAUCUUCCUCCAGUAGAAAACACGGCUCGAGUUCUAAGUCCUCAUCAAGCGACCAUCGCAAGGAGGAUGGUGGCUCGAAGCGUCUGUCGUCCAAAGAGAGAGAGAAGGAAAAGGGAAAAGAAAAGGAGGAGGAGAAAGGUAAAGACAAGGACAAGUCGAUUUUGAAGGGGCUGCGAUUCAGCUUCAGGACAAAGAGGGAAAAGUCGGACAGUGGUGGGAAGACUUCAAAAAGCGAGAGAGAGAAGUCGUCGCAUUCAUCUGGAAGGAGCUCCAGACAUCGUCAUGGGGACGAGGAGGAGGAGGAGGGAGAGGGGACACUUCACAGAACCCUUAGUCGUUUCUCUGUCGUCUCGACAAGUGCCAUUUCGUCUCCGAAAGAAAAGCACCCUGAUGAGUCCGGGAAUCCGGUUUUGGAUGUUUUAUACCGGAACCUUGGUUUCUACUGGGAGGCUCGAAAGAUGAUGGUCAUGUCCAAGCUGCGGCAGCCUCAGCUCACUAACCUAACUCUGUCUAACCUUCGAGAACUCGCCAGAUUCAACAGACUGGCACUGAAGCAGAUCCGACUACGCCACAUCGGUGCUUUCCUCUUUGCCGCUCUCCCCUACCUCUUGUAUCUUCUCAUCUUCAAAUUCUACAUCUCCCUUCGUCAAAUCACGCACCUAGACACUGUCUCUCCGCCAACUUUCACCGUGCUACCUAGCAUCGAAGAGCAUGUAUUUUUCUGUCAGCCCCACAAAAUACUCUCGCAGCUCGCUAACCCCAUUUUCGACGUCCUCGCCGCGAUACCCUAUCUCGUUCACUUCCCUCUCCCAUUCGUAUUUGGAGCAUACCUGGCACUCCACCCCGGUAAACGAGGAGGGUUAUUCUCCUACAUGUGGUGUGCUGGGUGGAUCAACUUUCUGGCCGUGUUGUUUCAGCUCACGUUUCCUACAGCGUCCCCGUGGUUUGUGGACAGCGCUAUCUUUGACGAGCACGGAAAGGUGAUCUAUGAGUACUCAAACGAGGCCGGUUUCAAGCGAGUCGACAGAAUUCUCGGAUUUGCGAUAUUCCACGGGAUUUACUCACAGUCGCCGCUCAAGUUUGGCGCCUUCCCUUCGCUCCACGUGGCCUGGCCAACAAUAGUAUUCCUAAACAAUCCUUGGUUUGGGAAGAAAUUUGCCGCUCUCCAUGUGGUCUGGAUCACACUAGCAGCCAACUACUCCACUCACCACUACCUCGUAGAUGCCCUGGGCGGGAUUCUGCUGUGCGUCCUUGUCAAAGUCUGCAUCCUAAAAGUUUGGAGUCCUUUUCCACAACCGGUGGAAAGUAGCACCAAUAAGAGUGUAAGUAGAACAGCUGCGGGUAUUAGCUCAAUAUGAUUCUGUCAGAUGUGAAAUUUUAUUUGGCACGUGUAUAAUUGCACACCAUGCCGUAGAAACUCAACUCAGAUGCUGUGGUGAAUUUGGGAAACUG